GAACAGUCUUCUCCUACGAAGUGCACUUCAGAGAUAGAGUGACACGAAGAGAGGACAGCUGAAAAACAUGGACUAUCAGGAUCACGCCUACACCAGCACUACAUAUGACAAAUUCAACCCCGUGGAGUUCACUUAUAAAAUGAGUUCCAAGGAAACGGAAGAUUUUGUGAAGCUGAGGAUUUCAAAUAAUUCGCUCUUCUCUGGAAGAAGAAAUACUUCUAUGUGGGCAUGGAGGGCCAUCCUAAAACAUAUGGACUUACAACACAAGAUGACCCAUAGCCAAGCAUCCAAAAAAUGGGAAAACAUGAAGAAGAGAUACAAGGAGCUUAAGAGCCCUCCAGAAGGGGUAAAAGUCUUCCCUGAAAUGUGGCCUCAUUUCACUCUGAUGGAUAAUGCCAUGGAAGGUCGGUUGGAAGGCAGUGCCCCUAUCCUCAAGGCCUUCCCCAGUGCAAAAAACAACAGUGAAUUCAUCUCCAAACCCAAGAGGAGGAGGGUAUCCAUGGUAAUAUCCUCACCUACAACUUCGGUAGCAGGCGGGCCAGAAAGUGAGGUUUCACCAAAUGGAGAUGGGAAAGUGGGAGAGGAGACAGUGAAGGAGGGAAGCCUGGAGAUAGAUCGCAUUAUGCAAGACGUGGAGGACGAGAGGAACACGAUGGACAGUGAAAGACAGGCAAUGGAAAGGGAGAAACGGGUGAUGGAAAGGGAGCAGCUGGUACUGCAAAGGGAAAGAGCGGUGCUGGAUAGGGAGGUCGCAGCUCUGGACCGAGACCGAGCCUUGCUGGAGAGAGAGAGGGCAAUGUUAGAGAGAGAAAAGGCAGUGAUGGACAGAGAGAGGGCAAUGGUGGAAAAGGACAAAGAUACUCUGAGCAGGGACCGGCUGGCUCUUGAGCGAGAGAAAACCAGGAUGGAGAGACUUUCUGCAUCUAAAGAAAGGUUGGAGGAGGUUACAGAAGAUGGCAGCGAGGUGAAAGACUUAGAUAUUGUGGACAGAAAGAAGCGGUUUCUCAACUUGUUUGAAAAACUUAUUGAACAUUUUUGAGAGUAUCUUUCCAAUUUCCUUUUGUAAAUACUUUGUGAGUAGUUUUAUCAAAAAAACAAACAUUCUUGCUCAUGUGCAGUUCAGUUUGCAG